CAGCUCCAAAAAGAAAGAUAAGCUCUAUGAAUUGAAGUCCAAGGCUUGGCAGAUUAUGAACCAGUUUGGCCCCUCAGCUCUAAUCAACCUCUCCAAUUUCUCAUCCAUAAAACAGGAACCAGCCAGCACCCCUCCACAAGGUUCCAUGGCCAAUGGCACUACUGUGGUAAAGAUUCCAGGCACUCUGGGGACAGGAGGUUGUCUUAGCCCUGAAAACAAUCAGGUAUUAACCAAGAAGAAAUUAGAGGACUUAGUAAGAGAAGUGGAUCCUAAUGAGCAGUUGGAUGAAGAUGUAGAGGAGAUGCUGUUACAGAUUGCUGAUGACUUUAUUGACAGUGUGGUGACAGCUGCCUGCCAACUUGCACGACACCGCAAGUCCAGCAUCUUAGAGGUGAAAGAUGUCCAGUUACAUCUAGAGUGCCAUUGGAGCAUGUGGAUCGCAGGAUCUGGCUCUGAAGAAAUCUGACCCUAUAAAAAAGCUUGCAGGACAGAAGCUCAUAAACAGAAUGGCAUUGAUCUGGAAAACAACGAAGAAAUAACACAGGGAAAGAUCAGGGAAUGGACAACAAUGCAUUUGGAGAUACUUGAGCUGAGACCUCAGCCAUCUCAUCCUUGGAAUUUUUUUAAAAUGCUUUACAGAGAAGCAUAUAUUUUUUUGUUAACAGUGCAGCAAUAUCUAUAAUGACUGAGAAGAUCUGCCAAAAGAAUAAAGCCUCCUACCCUCACCU